CCCAGAUUUAGGGUUUCACAAUCAGUGGUAUAGUAGCUCCACAAGAGAAGGUCACAACUGCAAACCCUAUUAGCCAACGUAUAGCCGGAGAGCAGCCACUUAUCCGCCACCAUGGGGAAGACACGUGGAAUGGGAGCUGGUCGCAAACUAAAGUCCCACCGUAGAAGGCAAAGGUGGGCUGAUAAGGCUUAUAAGAAAUCCCAUCUUGGCAAUGAGUGGAAGAAGCCAUUUGCGGGCUCCUCUCAUGCAAAAGGGAUCGUUCUCGAGAAAAUUGGUAUUGAAGCCAAGCAGCCUAACUCUGCUAUCAGAAAAUGUGCUCGAGUGCAACUGAUUAAGAAUGGGAAAAAGAUUGCUGCCUUCGUACCCAACGAUGGUUGCUUGAACUACAUUGAAGAGAAUGAUGAGGUGCUGAUUGCUGGAUUUGGUCGUAAGGGGCAUGCUGUCGGAGACAUUCCUGGAGUCAGGUUCAAGGUUGUGAAGGUGUCAGGUGUGUCUCUUUUGGCACUCUUUAAAGAGAAGAAGGAAAAGCCAAGGUCUUGAAUGUCCAGUUGGAAGACUGAGCUUGGCUGCAGGUUUUGCAGUACAUCAAGUUCUCUCAUUUUUCUUCUACACCCCCACCAUUUGUCGUUUUCAGAGUUGAGCAUUUGUUCUAUGUUUCAGUUUUGGGACAAAAUUUCUUGACUUUCUGAUACCAUAUAAUCUUGGAAUCAAUUAGAAUAGCUGCCCUCUCGAUUGUAACUCUACCAUCUUCUCUCGCAUGCUUUUAUCUUCCUUUCUUGGCUCUUUGAGUCCCUAUAUUUUAUUGGUUUGCCAAUUAGGAUGGACAUUGUUUUCCAUAUUAUUGCAUUAACUCCUCGAUUUAUCAUUA